CUCGCGGGCUCUGGGCUUAGCUGUCAGUGUCUCUCCCCACCGCGGCCCCUGGGCCCCCGGCCCUCCUAUCCGCCUGCGGGAAGACUCUGAGGACAGUACUUAGUAAGCACUUAGCUUCGGAAGGAGAGGUGCUGACCUGAGUCUGGUCCAUCCCUUUACUACCAAAACUGUUUACCCACAGUAGCCAAAUGGAGAUGGCACCAAUCAAUCCAGUGGGAGAGAAAGACACCUCUCUACCGCAACAACAAUGGGAUUGGAACCCCCAGAAGAACCUUGAUUCAGCUCCUCGGCUUAGGCAGCAUCCCCAGGAGCCUCCUACUGAAGUCCUUGAGCUGAGAGUGAGCCCAGAUCCAGCCAGCCAAAGUCUAGAGAAUCUUCAAGGGACUGAAAAACUGUCUGCUGGACUUGAGGAAGACUCUGAUAAGUCCCAUAGAUCAGCCAGUGAAAUGCCAGAGCCCCUCCAAGCAUCUGAUCUCUGGUACUGUCCGGAUGGGAGCUUUGUCAAGAAGAUCAUAAUCCGUGGCUAUGGCUUGGACAAACCCAAGCUGGGUUCCCACUGCCGAGUACUGGCUUUUGGGUCAGGGCUGCCAGAGGGGUGGACGGAGCUAACUAUGGGGUUAGGCCCAUGGAGGGAGGAAACUUGGGGGGAGCUCAUAGAGAAAUGUUUGGAGUCCAUGUGUCAAGGUGAGGAGGCAGAGCUUCAGAUCCCCGGGCACUCUGGCCCUCCUGUCAGGCUCACACUGGCCUCCUUCACUCAGGGCCAAGACUCCUGGGAGCUGGAGGCCAGUGAGAAGGAGGCCCUGGCCAGGCAAGAACGUACAAGGGGCACAGAAUUAUUUCGAGCUGGGAACCCCGAAGGGGCUGCUCGAUGCUAUGGACGGGCUCUUCGGCUGCUGCUGACUUUACCCCCACCUGGCUCUCCAGAACGAACUAUCCUUCAUGCCAACCUGGCCGCAUGUCAGUUGCUGCUAGGGCAGCCCCAUUUGGCAGCCCAGAAUUGUGACCGGGUGUUGGAGCAGGAGCCUGGGCAUUUAAAGGCCUUGUACCGAAGGGGGGUUGCCCAGGCUGCCCUUGGGAACCUGGAAAAAGCAACUGCUGACCUCAAGAAGGUUCUGGCGGUAGACCCAAAAAACCGGGCAGCCCAGGAGGAGCUGGGAAAGGUGAUCUUUCAGGGUAAGAAACAGGAUGCAGGGCUGGCCCAGGGUCUGCGCAAGAUGUUUGGCUGAUUAAAAGUUAAACCUUAAAAGAGA